UGGGACGGACCGGGGCGCCGGGAUCCGGCCCGGUGAUGGGGGGUAACGGGACCGGGGGAACCGCCGGGUGCUGGCACCGGUGCGGCCUGGUCAGCCGGCGGGCCCUGUCCCCCUGCCAGCCCGGGGCGAGCCGUCCCGCAGCCCCCACCCGCGCUCACGUCUCCCUUCACACCCAGGAUGCGGGCGGAAGGUGAUGAUGUAACGUGAUGAUGUGAUGUGAUUGACGUGAUGUCCCAGAGGCCUGGCGGGUCCUGCCUGGCCUCGGCCCCGCGGCAGAGGGCCGCAGCUCCCCGAGGCUCCCCGGCCGCUUGCCCCCGCCGUUGGAAAUGAGGGUCCCGCCGCCCGCGCCCCGCCAGAGCCGAUGACUCCGUGGCACCGCAGCUGUAACAUGCUCCUUGCAGUAGCCAGGUCGAGUUUCAGAGGCUCCCAUCUUCUUGCGCACUCCAACCCUCCAUACUCUCCAGCAGUUGCUUUUGUCCAGCUAGUGGAUUCUCAUUCAAACCGGACUUGCGUAAGAGACUCUGAAAACCAGCCAUGGCUGCGCUGCGCACGGUUGGGCACUGGCCUACCUCACUCACCAGCUAAAGCCGUGCGAACGUUUCACACGUCCGCCUGCUUGCGUCAGGACCUCCGAGACGAACCUCCGCCCCACCGAAGUACUGUAAACCAGGGUACCAAGCCUGCUAAAAGUCCAGCAAAACAAGUUGUAGAGACUGCCGGGGGAAAAAAGUCUUUACGCCAAAAAAUUGUGGAUGAACUGAAACAUUAUUACAAUGGAUUCCACUUGCUUUGGAUUGACACUAAGGUGGCUGCCAGGAUGGUGUGGAGGCUCUUACAUGGUCAGGUCCUCACUAGGAGGGAGAGACGAAGGUUGCUGAGAACUUGCGCAGAUCUCUUCCGGCUGGUUCCCUUCCUGGUGUUUGUCAUUGUCCCCUUCAUGGAAUUUCUGUUACCUGUAUUCUUGAAACUCUUUCCUGAAAUGCUGCCCUCGACGUUUGAGACUGAGUCAAAAAAGGAAGAAAAGCAGAAAAAGAAGUUAAACGCAAAGCUGGAGUUAGCAAAGUUCCUGCGGGAGACCAUUGCAGAGAUGGCCAAAAGGAACAAAGCAGAUACAGGACAAGGAAAACAAUUCUCUUCUUAUGUGCACCAGAUUCGGCACACCGGCCAUCAGCCCAGCACCCAGGAGAUUGUACGUUUCUCCAAGCUCUUUGAGGAUGAGUUGACCCUGGAACACUUGGAACGGCCACAGUUGGUAGCUCUUUGCAAAUUGCUUGAGCUGCAGCCCAUUGGCACCAACAAUCUGCUCCGCUUUCAACUUCUGCUGAGACUCAGAACUAUCAAGGCAGAUGAUGAAAUGAUUGCCAAGGAAGGAGUCCAUGGCCUGAGUGUGUCUGAACUGCAGAGCGCGUGCAGAGCCAGAGGAAUGCGAUCACUGGGUCUCUCGGAGGAGCAACUAAAGGAACAGCUCAGACAGUGGCUGGAUCUGCAUUUAAAAGAGAAUGUUCCACCUUCUCUGCUCCUACUUUCCCGUGCCUUGUACUUAAUAGAUGUAAAGCCACAAUCUGUCCCGGUUCCACAAAAUAAGAUAGGUGGAACUGCUGAAAUCAUGACAUCCGUCCCUGAAGAUCAAGAGACCCUAGUGGAUCCUGCCCCCAUUGUUCAGGGAAGAAAGAAUGAAGAAUUUGUAUGUCAGCCAACGGAGAAAUUGCCAGUCUCAGAAGUGUCAGUUAAGCCUCCCCCACGAGAGACUAAAAUGGAAGCAUCUCAGAGCAGCAAGGCCAGUGCCAACGGAGUCUAGCCUGAAGCCAGCAAGGACUAACGCCAGGAGAGAAGAGCUUUCAUCUCUGCACCUCCUUAACAGGGAAGAGUGGUUUUCCAGGAGGUUUUCCAGGAGGCUGCUUUACACAAAAAGGUGUCGGUAGCCCUCAGGGGCCCUUCCCUCUGUUAGCAGCUAGGCCAGGCUAAGACUGGGUGGCACCAGCUUCUCAUUUGUACUGGAUCCCCUACUCCCCCCAUUUAACUUAUCUUGUAAAUAUGUUAAUAAUGAUGCUGCUCUCUGUGCUGUUACUGAUCAGGUGUAUGUGCUCUUAAACUUUAGGAAGGGCAGCUUUUCAUUGUCGUAAAGGCCCGGGCGCAGGAUGAGCUAAGCUGAAGUCCAGUAAAGCCUGUUCUACAGUUUGAAAUCCUCUGCAGGAGCAUACCCACAUAUCCAGGGUUUGCCGCUUAUCCUGCUGCCACAGUUUACAAGCUCAAGCUCUUGAUCCUAGUUAGCAUGGUUUAACUAAUAACCAGUGCGCAGAAUGACCCGUGUAGCUGUUGUAUUUCGCUGUCACAGUUGUACCGAGGAGAAUAGCCACAGCCAAGGCAGGACCAGCGCUCCUCAGUGGUGUGGCUGAACUGAACUGCUCAGAAAGACCUAAGAACUUGCUGGACGAGCAGGGCAGUGAAGAGGACAGCUUCCACUGCCCGAGCCUUUGUCAGCCAGCGCUGCAGCAGGUGCCAGGCACCGCACGGGAGGCGGAGAGUUGCAUUUUAAGGAUCCCACUGGGUUAUGUGGGGACCCAUAGAUGUUUCUCAAGUCCGAUGUAGGACUGGGUUAAACCCUGCCAGGCUCAGAACUAUACAUCAGCAAGUGCUCUCAGACUUACUGUGCUUUACAAAAUGAUUCUUCACACGCUCCAGUGUCAACCUGUUUUUUGGUAGACUCUAGAGGAGGAUACUGAAAAGCUGUUUUUAGCAUUUGUUAAUUUUUUUACUUUGUCCUAUGUAAAUGCUCAGAAAUUACUCAUAUUAUGGAUUUUAAAUAUGUAUAUUUAUAUUUACUGUAAAAUUAAAGUUAGACUUGGUGCUAAGUAGAAUGAAAUGUCUUUUCUAGAGGUCAGCCUGCCUUUAGAACACUCGGACUCAAAAAAAAAAAGCCAGUCAUCGCAAGGUGUUAUCAGCACUUUAAACAUGUGACUUGCAAUCCAGAAACAGCUACCGUUGUACUGUGCUCGCCGUUCUGUACCUGCGCCCCUGCCGUGUUCGUACAGCCAGUGUGCAAUGCUGAGUGUUUCUAUUAACUGGUGGUUAGCGAAAACAAGUGUUAUUUCAAUAAAAUAACCUCAUUGCUCAAGCGUCA